UGUAACUGUAUCUCCCUGACCCGGAAGCAAGCAUCAUCGCAAAUAAGUGCCAGAGAAAAGAAAAUAAAUCGACCAGUAGAUACAUAAUAUUUCGCACAGGAGUCCCUAUAUUCGGGGACUUCUGCAUCGUGUUAAUGACUGUUGCGAGGCAUUUUUUUUAUCUCGUCGUCGUAGUCGUCGUCACUUAUUACGAACUCAUCGUAUAUAUUGCUCCAGCUGCCCAGUCUUCUACUUGCAAGGCUAAAGGAUAUAUGAUAGAUGAUGUUGUACAACUUGUCAACAUCUCACCGCAUGGGGUGCAAGAUGCUGGAGUACCUAGACGAAACAUACCUACCUAGGUACGCAUGGUUUAUGCCCACCCUACACACUACAUGUUCGCUUACCACAUAACUGUCGGGUUAGUUAGAUUGAGCCCCAGAUGCCCCUCCCCAUCUAUGUAGGUAUUAAAGACUGCCAUAGACAAGGCCUCGUCGGGGCGCCGCCGUCAUACUUGUACAGGCCUUACUUCGCUUGCCAAUCCUGACCGACGACGUCAGUCUUGUGAGCACUGGGCAAUACAUAGUAGCCAUUCAACUUCCCCCGAAGCAGUACCGCUUAAUUAGCUUCAAGGUCUUGGGGAGCUGGCCCGACUGGCUCGAAGAUAUCGUCAUACAUGCAACCCUCGGUUUCAUCCCGAGCACUCUUGUUUUGUAAAGUCCUACUCCAUUACUCCCAUUACUCCAUACGUACCUAUGUAAGUGGUAGGCGUGGCUAUUCCAUCGUCAUUCCUCUGGUUGGGUUUAAUCCAUUCUUAUCACACUGCGCCGUAAUCGCUGUUCUAAAAAUGCCAAGAUAUCGUGGGCUGGACACGAAGGCCACACUGCCGCCACGAUUAUAGUGCGGGACCGAACAUGGAAAGACUUGGCUUAGAUGCUGUUGGGUUUUCAAUACGAUGGAAAAAGAAAAUACGCAUGAUGGGAAAAAAUAGUGUUAAUUAUCAGUUCCGGAUAAGAAAGACAAAACAAAUUUCCCUUUCUCCAGCGCCAUUUCUUUCCUACUUAUUCAUCAUCCCUUGACACCGGCACAGAGAACUCCGAUUGUCUUUAGUCAUCAAACGUGGGUUCAAUGAUGUCGUGUCUUGGAUUCCAUAUGGAAAAGCAGGUGCAUGUUCUUCGCUCACUUCAAGGAACCACUUUUAUGGAGCAUUUUAAUUGUAUCCAAUCACUAUUCACACACCGCAUGACGUCGUUAGUUGCCA